CCCCGGAUAGCUAUCUUCUAUAGAUAGGUAGAUACCUUAGAUAUUCGUCGUUUCUGAUGUCGGAGAUGCCUUGGUAAAAGGGCUAUAUAUGUCGAGUAUUCCGAUCGACAUCCCUUCCUCAUCCCCUCCUAACUUCCGGCAACGCGAAUAUAAUACUUAACCUAUCCUUAUAGUAUAACUGUCCUUAUAGUAUAACUAUCCUUAUAGUAUAUCUAUAAGCCAAACGACUCUCGACAACCUCCGAAGUAAAUCUCGCAUCUGGCUAGUUAGGGGUCAGGUGUUGAUCAUCCUACCUAGUACCUCAGACAAACCUAUCCGACGAAUAAGGUGCACCGGCUUCUCAUUGCUCGACAAGUUUCACGUUAUGGAUUCUAGUAGCUCGGCCGUUGCGGCCGAUGGGUCGCUGCAUAAGGUUAUUACGACGCGCCAGUUCGUCUUGAUGGCUCUUAGUAGUUCGAUCGGCGCUGGCGUCUUGCUAGCAACUUACUCUAGCCUAGCGGUGGGCGGUCCUGGAUCACUUCUCAUAUCCUUUAUUAUUCUCGGAUUCGCCGUGUGGAUCACGAUGUGUGCCCUAGGCGAACUCUCGGUUGCGUUCCCGGUUAAUGGCUCUUUUUACGAAUACUCUGUUCGCUUCAUAUCGCCGGCUUGGGGUUUCGCGAUGGGAUGGAACUACGUGAUCAAUUUUCUCUUCAUCGUCGUUUUCGAGCUAGUAGUAAUGCUACUCUGUGUGAGAUAUUGGGAUACGACCACGCCGGCGUACUGCUUCCUGCUCCCGUUUAUUGGUGGGCUGAUCCUCGUCAACGCAUUCGGAGCGAAAUGGUAUGCGGAGGCGGAGAAUGUCUUUGCCGUCUGCAAGAUGGCCGUUCUCUCGACCUUCAUCAUUGUUGCCAUACUCAUCGUUAGCAAAGCUAUACCGGCAGACACCCGGCCGGCCGAAGAGCUGGGGUUUAAUCUGUGGAAGCAUGACGCAUUCAAAAACGGCCCCGGCGGGUUUCUGUAUGUUUUUAUGGCUGCAGGUAUGGCGUAUGGUGGGACGGAAAUGCUUGGGAUAACCGCGGCGGAAUGCGAAAGACCCCAGAAAGUGAUGCGUCUCGCAUGCACAAUCGUGCCGGUGCGGAUCGUGUGGUUGUACUUGUUACCAAUCUUCAUGCUCGGCCUGGUGCUUGAGAUCCCCUUAAACGAACACACCCAAUCAGGCGGAAUCAGCCCAUUCGUUGCUGCGCUGGACCAAGCCAGAUUACCGGUACUUGCAGGCGUCCUCAACGGCAUCAUCAUCGUGGCCGUGUUUUCGAUGGCGAACGCAAGCGUCUUUGCUUCAUCAAGGGCCCUUCAAGCUAUUUCUGCUCGGGGAAUGGGACCCGCGAUCUUGGCAAAGAUUAAAUGGGGUCACCCAAUCUGGGCAUUGGUAGUAGCUCUUUUCAUCUCCUUCCUUUCGCUCGUUAAGAUGGCCAGGAACGGUGAUAAGGUUUUCGACUGGCUAUUGGCACUGGCGGCUGGAUCUAACUACUUCACCUGGAUUUCUAUCUGCGUUUGCCACAUCCGACUCCGGCUCGCUAUACGUAGGAGAGGAUUGCAGGAAGACGACAUAUUGAGAUGGAAGUCCCCUCCUGGAAUAGUGGGAAGCGCCAUGGCAAUAUUUAUCUUCGCGUUCGGUCUCGUUGCACAAAUCGUAGCGGCGAUACGUAGCCCGCUUCCGAAACCGCCACAUAUCCUCGCAAGCUUGCUAGGUAUCAUUGUUGUCUUCAUCUUCUGGUUAGGAUAUAUGGUAGUCAAGCGUAGCGUGCUUCUUAUUCCCCUCGAUCAGAUAGACCUGAAGAUCAAGGCAGAGGAAGGAGGAUCGGUUGCGAACCUGCACGAUGUUGAGAGCGGUGCUGAGAGCAUUGGUGCUAGUAGUACCGGUGAGAUGGUGAAUGCCCACGGGUAGAAGGAUUAGCUCACUCAUUUCAUUUUUACAAACCCACCUGUUUAAAUUUUUUACAAAGAAAAAAAAAGGGAGUAACUAAACCUCAUUUUCUUAUGAA